UUUUCCUCUCUAAAGAAAAGGACGGUUGUUACCAACCUGAAUGGUCACACUGCUCGAGUCAAUUGCGUGCAAUGGAUCUGUAAACAGGACUGUUCUCCUCCUACUGAAUUGGUUUCUGGAGGAUCCGAUAACCAAGUGAUUCACUGGGAACUAGAGAAUAACCAGCUUUUGAAAGCAGUCCGUCUCCCAGGCCAUGGGGCACCUGUAUAUUCAGUGCGUGCCAUUUACCAGCGGACAGCAGCAGAUGCCACCCAGCCACAGCGCACACUGAUGGUUUCUGCAGCUUCGGAUUCUACUGUUCGAGUCUGGUCUAAAAAGGGUUCAGAAGUGGCCUACCUUCAGACCUUGGACUUUGGAAGUGGAUUUGCUCUGGCUCUCUCCUUGUCUUUUUUGCCUGACACUGAAGUACCCAUAUUGGCCUGUGGUGGUGACGACUGCAAGAUUCAUUUGUUUGUUCAACAGAAUGAUGAGUUUCAGAAAGUGCUGCUUCUCCAUGGACAUGAGGACUGGAUAAGAGGCGUGGAAUGGGCACUCUUUGGUAGCGAUCUUUUCCUAGCCAGCUGUUCACAAGAUUGCCUGAUAAGAAUAUGGAAACUGUAUAGAAAGUCAGCCUCUGUAGAAACUCAGGAUGACGAUGAUGCUGACAUAAGGCUAAAGGAAAACACUUUUGCAGUCGAGACUGAAAGCACCACACUCGCGUUUGCCGUGACUCUGGAGACUGUGCUGGCUGGGCAUGAGAGCUGGGUAAAUGCUGUUCAUUGGCAACCUUCAUUGUACAGAGGUAAGAAAGAGUGGACUCCGGAGAUUAUAAUUUCAGGACACUUUGAUGGUGUUCAAGACAUGAUGUGGGAUCCAGAAGGAGAAUUUAUCAUCACUGUUGGUACUGACCAGACGACACGACUUUUUGCUCCGUGGAAAAGAAAAGGCGUGUCACAGGUGACUUGGCAUGAAAUCGCAAGGCCUCAGAUCCAUGGCUAUGACAUGAAAUGUUUAGCCAUGAUUAGCCGGUUCCAGUUUGUAUCUGGAGCAGAUGAAAAGGUUCUUCGAGUUUUUUCUGCACCACGGAAUUUUGUGGAAAAUUUUUGUGCCAUUACAGACCAAUCACUGAAUCGCAUACUUUGUAAUGUGAGAGAUAUAACUCCUCGGCCUGAUGAAGCAGAACCGUUAACUCAGACUGGUUUUGAGUAUCACCAGAUGGCCUUUCAGCCUUCCGUACUUACGGAACCUCCCACUGAGGAUCAUCUUUUGCAGAAUACAUUGUGGCCUGAAGUUCAAAAACUAUAUGGACAUGGUUCUGAAAUGUAUUGCCUUGCUUGUAGCAACUCAAAGACUCUGCUUGCUUCAGCAUGCAAGGCAUCUAAGAGAGAGCAUGCAGCUAUCAUUCUCUGGAACACUACAUCUUGGAAGCAAGUCCAGAAUUUAAUCUUCCACACGUUGACUGUCACACAGAUGGCCUUCUCACCUAACGACAAGUUCUUACUGGCUGUCUCCAGAGACCGGACCUGGUCACUGUGGAAAAGGCAGGACAUAGCUUCAUCGGAACUAGAGCCGGUUUUCAUUCUCUUUGCCUUCACGAACAAAGUCACUGCAGUGCACAGCAGAAUUAUUUGGUCUUGUGAUUGGAGUCCCGAUGGCAAGUACUUCUUCACAGGGAGCCGGGACAGAAAGGUGGUUGCCUGGGGCACGUGUGACUCCAGCAGAGGCUCCACAGCUCCCCACAUUGGCCCCUGCUCCUCCGUCUUGGAUGUGGGUGGCUCCGUGACAGCCGUCAGCGUCUGCCCGGUGCUCAACCUUUCUCAGCGAUACAUUGUUGCCGUGGGAUUAGAGCGUGGGAAGAUAUGUUUGUACAGCUGGAAGAAGACUUUUCCAGAAAUCAACGACUGGACCUUCUGUGUAGAAACAAGUAAAAGCCAAAGUCAUACACUCGCUGUCACAAGACUCUGCUGGAAGAAUUGCGAUGGAAAAACCAAACAGGAUGAAGAUGAAGCCGACAGUGCCAAAUGGCUAGACUUCGCAAGUUGCAGCGAAGAUCACACAGUGAAGAUACAUCGGGUCAACAGAUGUGCCCUAUGACGGACUUACUCACUACAAGUCUUUUAAGUAAACCAAUCAGUGGAGUCUCUAAAUCAUAUAUCGUGUAAAUACAUAACCUCUCUUUACCUUAA